AAGAUUUUGAAAAGCGUCUGCCACAUGUAAAGUGUAGGAUGUUUUUAUGACAGGUUUUUUAUAAAUUACUGGAAGAUACCUCUCAAUAGAUCUUUCAGGUUUCUUUCGCGUUGAAGCUUCCAUCUACAAUGUGAAAAACAGACAAACGGAAGUAUAUGUUGUCGAAAUCAAACACAUUUUAACAAUGGAGAAUGAGCCUGGACAAUCUGGCAUUCGUCAGUGCCCUGUAUGUGAAAAAUUUUUUUCUCGAAGUGAUUUUAAAGAAAACUCAUGUCGCCAAUGUUGGAAAUGGUUUUUGUUUAACUGUGAUGAAUAUUUUCACAAAGACAACAAAAACAUUUGUCCUGACAACUGUGAGAUGGUAGGAAUGCUAUUGUCUUGCAAUUCCUGCCGUUUAAAAAAAUUUUUGGAAACAACCAAGUAUAGAUGUGGUCAAAGACAAUGUAUUUCAUGUGGGUGCAGAACAGUUGUUAAUGAAAAAAGUCCUCAAUGCAGCUGUUGUCGUGUACUAGCUACAAAAAAAUGCACCUGCAACAUUACCACAAUACCAUGUUCUUGGUGUGUUAACACAGCUUCAAGCAAGAACAACAAUGAUGCAAAUAUGGAUUCUUUGGUUGUCAAUGGAAAGAAAUCUCUUGAGUUACAAUUGGCCACAGCUUCGUUACCUAACUUUGCAACAGUGCCUAGCAUGCCUGGAUUCAGAGUCAAGUCACCAGUCAUUGAAAUGACUGAACAUUGUGAUACACCACAGACAACAAUACAUAUUGAUUUGAGUCUCCUUCCUGAAAAUUUGCAAGCAAAGGCGAAAGCACAGGUGCUCGGAAAUUGCUAUGUAAGGAUUCGGGAUUUAUCUUCAACAAUCUUGAAGAAGAGCAGAAAAGAACAAGAGGAACGAAAAGGGAAAAAACGCUCGAGAAGUGGCAGUUUUACAAGAAACGAGGAAAGCUUUGCAAAUGCAAGGAUUUCAAGUCAAGACAAUCAUGGGAAAUUGCAAAAACAAAAAGCGAGUAAAGAGCGAGAUUCUCAAGAUUACAGCGUAAGAAAUGUUAGCGACACACGGUUAAUUCUUCGUCUUGGAAUGGAACGUCAUGAUGCGGAUACUGAAUCUCAUGUUGAAGCUUCUCCUUAUAUCGAAUCCUGCUCAACCAACAAGGAAAAGUUUACUUCUCCAAGAAAGAACCAACAAGUAAAAGCCAAGUUUCCAGAAGCUCGAAAUAAUUUUGUAUCAUGUCAAGGAUCAAAAUCUAAUCCCAAGAUCAAUGGUGAUUCAUCUUGGCGAGCUAUUGUCGACAAAUCCACUCAGACUGAACCGUUACCUGAGAUCGAGUGCCUUCAACGUCGAAUUAACGAGCUUGAGUUGAUCAUCGCAACAUCCCGUUCAUGUCUUACACCUUCGCCGCUUGGUGCACUUGUGCCACAAAAGAGUUCCAACGAUCCAACGAUGACAUUAUCUACCCCACCGAAUUCCGAUUCCGGUUCAAACACAAAGAAUGAAACCCCUGUAAAGUCACCAUGUGUUUUAGUUAACCGCCUGACAAAGGAUGUUUUAGAACAGUACGGCGUCAAUCGGAAUUCAUCGGUAUCUCCUACGGAUGAGCCACGACCAAAGAAGCGACCUCGUCUAAAUUCAGUUGAUGCUGAGCAUCGUUCCUUCAAGAAGUCAGAUAAAAAAAAUGGUGGAACUAAUAAAGUGCUUGAGUUGUUUGGCAAUGACAGCGAAGAAGAUAUUUCUACAUCGAAGGAUGAUAUAGGAAUAAGUAAGUCACAACCAUUUGAUUUCGACGGAUUGGAUUACGAUGACGACGAAGACGAGGAAUCUCGAUCAAGCAAAAGUUGCAGUGUUGAAGGCCAACAAAUGAACAAGCAGGAGAAAACCAACGAAUUGGGUCGUCAUAAUAAGUCUUCUAAAGGCGAAAAAAAGGAAAAAAGUUCCGAAAAGGGAAAACGUAAAGAGAAGGAGCAAAAAAAAAAAGAAAGCCAAAAAACCAAAACUAGUGACAUUUCCAAACCAUCGAAAUCGUCAAAGGAAAAGGGGCAAAAGGAAAUAACCAAAUCUCGAAAAGAUCAGACGGCUGUAGGGAAUUCAAAUAAAUUCCGAAUCCCCAAAUUGACACCUCCUGCAACCGUCGGUUUGCCAUCUUUAUUGCAAGAGAACCUUGAUCAAGCAUUAAAAACUCCCACGUCAUCGUUAUUUGAAGACGGGGUGUCGGUGCGUACACCCGAACCAGAACAUGUCAAGAACUCGGUUUCGAAAUCGAGCGAGCUUCCUCAAGUUUCAUCAAACAUAGGAAGUACCAUUGAACCCCCUGCGUCAACUUCUUCCUUUCAACUAAGUGGCAAAGUAGCUCCUCCGAUUCUUUGCAUUUUGCCGAAAAAUCGGAAUAACAAAUCAGUAAAUUUUCCCGAACAGCUUGCAACAAUCCGAAGUAUAAGCCCACGUACUCAGUUACACGAGCAUGAGCAAGUCCCUGAUGAUCCAUCCCGAGAAAACUACAUUCCCACUAUACUUGAAGAUCUUCAUUAUGUUCCGGAAUCAUCACCGAGGGAACCCGUCAAAGGAAUUAGGCCGUUCCAUCCGCCUGUACGCAAGAUCGACGAGGAAAAACUGAAAUCGAUACCCCAAGAGCGAGGAGGAAGGCGGUUUAUCUACUCAAGUUCGAGCAGUUCUUCAUCUGAUUCCGAAUCGUCAGAAAACGAAUCAAAAGAGGAAAAUGAAUCUAUUGUCUACUAUGAGAAAUCAAUGAGCCAAACUUGUCAGUUAACUUCUACAAAAUGCCCUAUGGAGAACCAACGAAUUAGCAACGGCUCCUCUGCCAUUCAACAAAAUGGGAGUGCUCUUGGUAUGAAUUACAUUGUACAGGAAUCCAUGGAACGAGCAUGUUUGUCACCCACUGGAUCUACUGCAUCGGAUACUCUGUGUACCACAGCUCAAUGUGCACUAAGAACAACUGCUCUGAUUGAAAUAGAGGAUACAGCGAGAAAGAUUAGCCGUGCAUCCGUGUCUGAAGAGAAUGCACAAGCCACCAGUCCAAAAAAAUCACAUCUUUCAUCCCCGGCGGUUCCUCUGUCCCCACGGCGACACAGUCCAGAACUAAUCCCCAACGUUUCAACUGUUCUCGAAAGAGUGGACGAAGCACAAGAUUCGGAAGAAAAUGACUCCGAAGAUGGGGAUGUACUGGAUAUUGGACUAAACGACGAAGAAAUUUUUGAUUACGGCUACGAUGAAGAUGAGGAAUUACACGAAUCGCAACCCCUGAAACUUCCUGCCAAUAAAAUUAUCAAUGAGUCAACCAGGAUAGUAUGUGAAAAAGAUAUUCAACCAACACCCCCGAACACUGCGGCAACAUCGAACAAAACGAACGUACCUGCAGUUCAAGUAAAACCGUCAGUCAUUCUCAGAAACACUGCACCAACCAUAUCCCAUCCCUCACUUCCUCGAGUAUUUUCAGAUGAGCAAUCGAACAGCCGGGGGUUAUGUUACUCGUUUAUUCGCACAGGAAAGUGUGCGGUAAGCGAUCUGGCAAACAAAAAAUGUGAUUACAGCCAUUGUUUAGAUUCCGUUUUGGAUCAUAUCCAAUACUUGUGCAACAAAAACGGAAAUUGUAUUCAGACGGCUUCCAGAUUGGUUUUUGCAAUGACAAAUGUUGAUUCGCCGCUAAACAAAUCUCUACACGAGCCUAUCGGAUCGCAAAUUGUCGGUACCGUUAUCCACGCCCUCAUGAAGGAUAAUCGGCAGGAACAACUACUAGUUGCUUUGGAAAUGCUGAACAAUCCCAAACUGCCAUUGGUUACUGAAUUCAUAGACCAAAUCAUCAAACAAACACCGAUUGCUUUGCCGCGCAUUGCGAACAAACUAGUGACUCUAUACGAGCGCUGUGAGUCCAACAAUUUAAAGAUCUCGCUCCAUUCCUUCAAUAAAAUCAUUGUAAUACUAGUGAAUAAUCACAAUAUGAAAGGAUGGGAUUUUAUUUGUAAAGUUGUUGAAUUUGCAAUUUUGCAUUACCCUCAAUCUUACUAUCCGACAAAUGAAGUGUUGGUCUUCUUAUUUUCUACGGCACUUGAUCAGCCAAAACUUGAGCGAGUUUGUCGUUUGUUUAGUGGUAUUGGGCCACAAGCCCUUGUAGAAUUAGGACCACAACGACGUGACGAAGUGCUCAAUAGGCUCAGAGAUUAUGGUUUAGUGGACUGGUACGAUAGAUACAGUGGAAUCGUGCGCCGUCCGAAAGGCAACGAAAUGCAUUCGCAGUUUGUUACGCCACAAUAUGCGCCUAACGGAAUGAUCAACCAUUCUUCCCAUGAUCCUACGCUACCACUGCACAGGGCUCAGCCUUCGAUGCCUCAAAAGAAUCCGUUUCAGCCUCCAUUCAUGCCACCAUUACAUACUAAUCGACCCCAGAUGCCGAAUUUUCCAUCAGCAGGGCAUCAUCGGCCUUCAAUUCUUGCCGGGCAACCGGCAGUGCAUCAUCGGCCUUCAAUUCUUGCCGUGCCACCGGCAGUGCAUCAUCGGCCUUCAAUUCUUGCCGUGCCACCGGCAAUCGUAAAUCGAGCUCCGCCUCCUAGCAUACCACCAGUAGAGUUGUAUCGGUCACAGCCUCCGCCCAUUCGGGUGGGCCAUCCUGUUGUCAACGCACCUCAUCCAUCGGCACCUGCUGCAUAUUUCAUACGAAAUCACGCCGAAAAUUUAACCAGGCCAACCUCUAAUAGGACUGCUCCAACACCAUCGGGAUCACUCAUGCCUUCCAUCCCCGUAUCACCCCCUCGUGUCGCUCCGUUGUCCGAAACAAAUCCAGCCCCACCAUUCAUUCCAUUAGAGGUGCCGAGACCCUCCCAGUCGCUUGCUCUUAAUCUGUUCGAACCGGAGUCGCCCGAAGUAGAGCCGGUUUUCAUCGAAGACAGUGAGCCAGAACAAGGGCCCAGUGUCGUUGUUGAGCCUUCUUAUGGAACAGAAGAUGAACUUUUGGCAGAGUUCAAGAACAGGAAUUUUCAAGCCGUCACUAGAUUGUUUCUGCAGUACUAUUCUGAAAGUAGGAGGUGCCCGAUGCUCGCAAGUCUCGUGCGUAUGAUGAAAACAAAUCCCUUAUAUUCGCCUGAAGAAAACCGGGAAUUAUCUCCUGGGGAUAUUUUCAUCAACAUUAUAAGCUGCGCGUGCGAAAAAGGUGAUGCUAAAACACUCGAACGUCGACACCAACAUGCAUUAUUGGAUCUCGUUUUUUUCGUUCUUCUUCACUAUUUGCAAAACUUCAAUACCUGUGACGAAGAUGAAAAAAUAACUCAACUUGAAAUUGUCAAACAAUUUCUAAAGAUGGUGCGCAUUUUUCAACUACCUUUGGAAGAUUCCAUAAACCACCCGGAAUUACUCCUUUUUCUCUCUGAGUGCUCUGUGCAUGUGGAUUUUUCAAAAAAUGAAGAAGAAGAUUUCUUUGAAGGUGUCGUGGAUGAUAUCUGUCACUCCAUAAAUUUCGCAAUAGAAUUUCACGAAGUUGUUGCGAAAAUACCCGUCAAUGCGUUCGACCCAAAUUUGGUAAACAAAGAGUAUGUGCUUUCGAACGUUAUAUUGCAAGUAAUCAAAACCCUAGGAAAAAUUAGCGAAUGUAAAACCUAUUGUAACGUGAUAGCAGGAGCUAUGAGUGAUUACCAAGAUGCAGCUCUGAAAAAUAAAUCUCGUUUUGAUGCAAUAUUGGCAUCCCGAUAGCCAUGGCUAUCCAUAAUGCCAAUAAAUAAAUACUCAGGACAAGUUCUAUUUGCUACUCGCUAUCUUUCUCUUAAUUUUUCAACUUACGUGUGAAAGUGUGAGUGUACGUUGAAGUAAGCUGCCAAAAAUGGCUGGGAGCCUUCGCAAAAAAUAUUCUUCUUCGGAAAAAGUUCUUCCAUACUUCUUUAUCACCAUGCUACCACUUGUCACCAUUCUCACGUGUCAUAAGUCAAAAGCGUAUUUCGCCGGAUCUGAUUUCUUAUUAAUGACGUUCAUUUUGUCAAGCCAAGAUAUAGUUCGUUUGUAAACACAGAAUUAUGCAAUACAUUUUUUCUUGCUUUCAAAA